UCGUUUCCGAAGAAUACGUGAUAGGAAAUCUGACACAUUUCAACGGAAUAUCUACAUGAACAAAAACAAAAUCAACAAAUACUUCACAUUGUAAUUACCAAUCCAGCUACCGACGAUGCAUGAUCCUAAACCCCUGGAUCCCGCUGAGGUGAAGGUGGAAGAUGAGAGUAACAAGGAGUCCAACCGGGUGACAUUUCAAACUGGAGAGGCGAUCUCCGCAACUUCUACCAGGGAAAAUGCCCCCACGGCGAAUCGUAAUUCCCAGCCGCCUGAAGUUGACAAACUCAUACAAGUCAAACAACAAGAGAAAGUUAAGGACUCGGGUCCAAGAAUGACAAAACAAGUUCUGAAGGAGCACUGCAAGCAAAAUAAACUCUAUGCGACACCUCGACUGAAUGACACGCUGUAUCUGCACUACAAAGGCUUCUCUACCAUAGAGAAUCUGGAGGAGUACACAGGGCUGAAGUGUCUCUGGCUGGAAUGCAAUGGGUUGCAGCGCAUCCAGAACCUACAGGCCCAAACAGAUCUACGCUGCCUGUUCCUUCAUCAGAAUCUCAUACACAAGUUGGAGAAUCUUGAACCACUCAGCAAACUCUGCACCCUCAAUGUCUGCAACAACUAUAUACGUACCAUUGAAAACAUUGGCUGCCUGCCUGAUCUGGGUACUCUUCAGAUAGCCCAUAAUAAACUGCAGACAGUGGGAGACAUUGAGCAUCUGAGUCAAUGCUUUUCCAUCAGUGUUCUGGACAUGUCCCACAACCUGCUGGAUGAUCCAGAAAUCCUGACUGUCCUGGAGAAAAUGCCUGAUUUGCGUGUGUUGAACCUGAUGGGGAAUGAAGUUGUGAAGAAAAUCCCAUCCUACAGGAAGACUUUGAUCAUACGUCUGAAACAGCUCACAUACUUGGAUGACCGACCUGUGUUCCCAAAGGACAGGGCAUGUGCGGAGGCAUGGGGAGCAGGAGGUCCGAAGGCAGAGCUCAGGGAGAGGGAAUUAUGGAAGACAAGGGAAAGGAAGAAGAUCCAGGACUGUCUGGACGCCAUAGCAACUAUCAGAGACCAACCCAGAGAGAGACGGCGACUUAGAGAGCAGCAAGAAAGAGGUGAGUGUGAGACGCCUACCACUCCCGAAGUAGAGAGCCCAAGUGAAGAGAACCAGAGCUCAAGCCAGAAGGAGAAGAUCCAGACAUUUGGGGAGGACAAGAUCAGCCAGAGCGAGGGCAACAACAAGGAGAUCAGCCAGAGCGAGGGCAACAACAAGGAGAUCAGCCAGAGCGAGGGCAACAACAAGGAGAUCAGCCAGAGCGAGGGCAACAACAAGGAGAUCAGCCAGAGCGAGGGCAACAACAAGGAGAUCAGCCAGAGCAAGGGCAACAACAAGGAGAUCAGCCAGAGCGAGGGCAAAAACAAGGAGAUCAGCCAGAGCGAGGGCAACAUCAGGGAGAUCACCCGUAUAGAGAGCAACUACAGGGAGAUCAGCUGGAUAGAGAGCAACUACAGGGAGAUCAGCUGGAUAGAGAGCAACUACAGGGAGAUCAGCUGGAUAGAGAGCAACUACAGGGAGAUCAGCUGGAUAGACAACAACUACAGGGAGAUCAGCCAGCUAGAGAACAACUACAGGGAGAUCAGCCAGCUAGAGAACAACUACAGAGAGAUCAGCCAGCUAGAGAACAACUACAGCAAGAUCAGCCAGCUAGAGAACAACUACAGGGAGAUCAGCCAGCUAGAGAACAACUACAGGGAGAUCAGCCAGCUAGAGAACAACUACAGAGAGAUCAGCCAGUCUCAGGGUCAGAAAGCUGAGGCGAUCAUGGAGCAUGGCCCUGGACCGCUGGUGACAGAGCUGGAGGAGAAAGAGGAAAUAGACACCAUCCACCUGGGGUCGCACCCACAGCUUUAUAUUGAUGAUCUCCCUGAUUUGGAGGAUAUAGACUUAGAAGAUCCAGAAAGGAUCUGCCUCUUCUCCUCAGAGCGAGUACUCCGGCCCAAGAUUGAGGUCAUAUCAGGGGACGACAACAACGAAGAACUAAUCAGUCAUCAGAAUGGGAUAGUCUUGGCCUCAGAGACUAUGCACACUUCAAAUCAAUGCUCAGAUUCACUGUUCAGUGUCUAUAACACAAUUUCAAACAAAUUGCCCACCUAUGCCCCAGAGCUAAUAUCAAUAUCUCAGGAACAACCCAGGCAUAGGCAAAGCCCUGAAGCAAUCAAGCCACAUGGUCUUAUUGAGGAGCUAGACUAA